UUCAUACAAUCUCUCACAGUACCGUAUAAUUAUUUAUAAAUAUCCUUUACCAACAAUCUCUCUCUCUAGAAAAUUCUACUCAGAUCCAACAAUCUCUGCAGACGAAUCUUUAUUAAUGAUGGGGGAUCGGAGCCGGAAGUUUGGAAUAACUCAGUGCUUGUUGCUGCUAUCGAUCGGGUGCUUCAUCUCACAGCUAUGCGCUUCCGAUGAUGUGAUAUUCCACGAGUCGUUUGAUGAGAAAUUCGAUGGGAGAUGGAUUGUUUCUGAGAAGCAGGAAUAUUCAGGUGUUUGGAAGCAUGAGAAGAGCGAGGGGCAUGACGAUUAUGGGCUACUUGUGAGUGAGCAAGCCAGGAAGUAUGCCAUUGUGAAGGAACUUGACCAACCUGUGGACCUCAAGGACGGCACCAUUGUCCUCCAAUAUGAAGUCCGUCUACAGAAUGGCCUUGAGUGUGGUGGCGCGUAUAUCAAGUACCUCCGUCCCCAGGAAGCCGGUUGGAUCCCCAAGGAAUUUGACAACGAGUCUCCCUACACGAUCAUGUUCGGUCCCGACAAAUGUGGAGCCACGAAUAAGGUCCACUUCAUUCUAAACCACAAAAACCCCAAGAGCGGGAAAUUCGUAGAGCACCAUCUCAAGUUCCCGCCUUCGGUGCCCUCGGACAAGUUGACCCACGUCUACACAGCCAUUCUGAAGCCAGAUAACGAGCUGAGCAUCUUGAUUGAUGGAGAGGAGAAGAAGAAGGCAAAUUUCCUCUCGAGUGAAGACUUUGAGCCCCCGCUCAUCCCAUCUAAGACCAUUCCUGAUCCGGAUGACAAGAAGCCCGAGGACUGGGAUGAGCGGGCCAAGAUUUCUGAUCCGGAUGCCACCAAGCCCGAGGACUGGGAUGAGGAUGCCCCAAUGGAGAUUGAGGAUGAAGAAGCUGAGAAGCCUGAGGGAUGGCUCGAUGAUGAGCCCGAGGAGGUGGAAGAUCCUGAGGCGGCCAAGCCUGAGGAUUGGGAUGACGAGGAGGAUGGUGAGUGGGAGGCCCCAAAAAUCGAUAACCCAAAGUGUGAGGAGGCUCCAGGGUGUGGGGAGUGGAAGAGGCCAAUGAAGAGGAACCCUGCUUACAAGGGAAAAUGGCAUGCUCCUCUUAUCGAUAACCCCAAGUACAAGGGUAUCUGGAAACCAAGGGACAUUGACAACCCCGAGUUCUUCGAGCUUGAGAAGCCGGACUUUGAGCCAAUUGCAGCCAUUGGCAUUGAGAUUUGGACGAUGCAGGAUGGUAUAUUGUUUGAUAACAUCUUGAUUGCAUCUAGUGAGAAGGCGGCUGAGUCGUUGCGGGUGGCUGCCUGGAAACCGAAGUUUGAGGUGGAAAAGGAGAAGCAGAAGGAAGAGGAUGCUGUGGAUUCUGAUGGGCUUAAGGGCGUUCAGAAAUUGGUGUUUGACUACCUUUACAAGGUUGCCGACCUCCCUUUCUUGGGCGAGCACAAAAUCAAAGUCUUGGACUUACUUGAGAAGGCUGAGAAGCAACCUAACCUCACCAUUGGUGUCAUUGUCUCGAUUGUUGUGAUUUUCUUCUCAAUUCUCCUGAAGCUCAUCUUUGGUGGAAAGAAGCCUGCGGCUAAGGUAAGUGCAGAGACAAAGAAAACAGAUGUUGCUGAGAGUUCAAACAACCAGGGAAGCUCAGAGGAGAAGGACGAGCAAAACGAGACUGCACCCAGGAGGAGGUCUGCAGCUUACAAUGUUCUGGUUAUGGAUUCUAAAGCAGAAGUUAGACCAGAUUCUCCCAGCAACCCCAGUUCGCCGUCUACCCUCCUUGCGUUGUCUCCUCUUUUGCGGCAGUCUGACUCCUCCGUGAAGAUGUCCUCCCAAGAUGUGGCUCUGCCUAUUUUGGUUGGUUCUAGACUACCUCGGCUUCUUGCCUUUGAGGCUUCAACUGUGGCGAUUGAACAAUCAUUUAGUGAGGGAGGAUGGAGGUUGACGUCACAAAACUUGGAGGCUCAAAUACUGCGCAGUGAUUGGAAAAAAGGGAAAGAACCGCCGUUUCGGCCCGAACCAGACACAGACCAACGGGCCGAUUCUAAACUGGAAACCGCCAGUUCAUACGUGCAUAUAGCUGGGACGAUUCCUGUUCAAAUAAACUGCGAACCGAAACCGCCCGUCUCCAUGUCUACCUCUAGUGAAGUUAGCGUCUCCCUUGUGGUGUGUAUUAUUUCUUUGUUUGCUUAUUAUGCAAUGGUAUUCUAG